AAAUAGAUAUGGGUGGGUGUCAUAAAAUAUAAGUUUAAAUACACACUUAAAUUCAACUUUAUUUAUUACAAAAGUUUAUCUAUAAAAGCUCAUUGAGCUAAGUAAUUUUUAAAACAUUUUAGAUUGAUUUAGUUAAAUGUACAAGUUAAUAAUUCUAACAUAUUAAACUAAUUAAUUCAACCAUAUCAAUCUUUUGUUAUUUUAAUAGCAUAUAUUUUGAACAUUUUUUUUCUGUUCCUCCAAUAAACAUUCUUGAAAAACGGUCGAAAAAAUCUAAAAUAUGACAAGGAAUUUUGUUUAUCUUGAAAUUCUAACGUCUUGUCAAUAUUUACUUAGGCUAUACGAAUAGACAACUACGUUUCUCGAUAUUUUUAUGUUUAGUUUUUCCGUAUAAGUAUACGGUAGGUUCCUACCUAUAGGGUUUUAUUUUUGACGAGUUCGGUUACACUGAUUCUUUGUCGGCUAUUGCAUAGAUAAGGAAAUGAUAUUGCGGUGGCCAUACGAUUUGUGUAUACAAUUUCGUUAGUUAAGAAUAUCUUGCAUGUUAUUGCGGGAAAAUGGAUAUUCUCAGCACGGAACGUUUAUCAGGCAAGAGAAAAUCUACGGAAGGUUUUUCGAUAUUUUGAUUUUUUUUUUUUAUCAUCCCAAGAGCUGGACUUCAACCAAAAUACGUAUAAAUGUAUUAAAACUGAUAUUGUACAUUUAAAAUUAUGAUUAUUCAUAAUAUACUGUAAUUAUGGACCAGCAACAACUUUCACUUUCUUAUGGUGGUAAUGAAUACACUGAAGACUACUUUUAUAAUUCUCCUGCAGGUAUCAUCAUUGUUUAUAAAGUUUUACAAUAAAUACAUAAAGAAAACAAUAUUAUUCUAAUUUUUUAUCUAAUUAGAUUACUAUGAUUUGUACGAUGAUGCAAUAGAUGGUCAAAAUCAAGAUGAACAAUCAUUUUGGAGUCAUUUGUCUUUUUACCAAUUGUGCACUCAGUGUGUUCUGCCAGCUAUUUGGAGUACUUGUAAUUUAUUGGGCACUACCCUUAUUUUAUGUAUUUUUUUCAGAUUAUUCGUUGUUGUAGGUAUGUAAACAAAGAACUUAAGUUAAAACUAUUUAUCAAGGGAAUAAAAAUAUUAUUUGGUUUUAGGCAAUAAAAUUAGAUCUAUUCCUAAAGCAGUAUUUCAUAUAGUUUGUACAAUUUGUGGUGUUUUACCAAUAAUUUUAUUUUAUGAAGAUGGAGAUUUGUUUCAAUUAUUACUUCAAAUUGUAAUAUUUCCUAUGUUCUGUUACACAUUAUCCAUAAUAUGUUUAUUGACAUUGAAACAAUAUACAUCUAUUAUAUUUUCUACAGUAAUCUUAUUAACCUUAUUAUAUCGGUGAGUUAAUAUUUAUUUUAUUAUAUUUGCACUCAAAUAUUUUUAAAAAUGUACAUUUCAUAAUAAUUACAUUUUAGAUUCUGAGUGGAGCGAAAGAGCUUAAGGUUUUACAAUGAUGUUUAUUUAUUUUUUUAUCUGUGAACACUUUUUUUUACGAGAAAUAUUGCUCCGAUUUACAAUGAUAGCAAUUUUUCUUAAAGGGAAUUUGACUAAGGUGAUCAUUUUUUGAUUUUUUCAAUAUAUUGUAAAAAUUAAAGAAAUAAAAUAAGUACAAUAUUAAACAAAUAUUAUAAAAGAAAAUGUUUAAUGCAUAUAUAAUGAUUUUACCAUAAUAUGACAUAUUAUAUUGUUGAUAAAGCAACACUAUCAAUUGAGCUCCGCUCAGAAUUGUUUUUCGUUAGCAAUAGUUUAUCAUUGCUUUCAGAUAUAAAUUAAAUUCCUGUCUGUAACCUACCUUCCUAACUUUCCUCUUACAACAGCAUUUGCAAUCGUAGACAAAACUUUCUGAAUAAUUAAUUUAUGUGAUAUGUAAUAAAUAGUAUUUGAGUUAAUACUCAUACACCUGAUUUAACAUUUUUUAAUUUAUUUAACUCUUUAAAUAUUGUAAUAAAAUUAUUUCAGUGAAUGUUUUUCCGAUGAUACAAAAUGGCGUAAAACCAAAAGUUGUCACAUGCUUAUGUCAUUAAAGGCUAUGGCUGUAUUAUUUGACCUCCGAUCAAAUGAGUUGCAUAAAUUUCCACCAGUCUAUCAAUACACAGGUUAUAUGUUGUGUGCUGGUACUAUUUAUUUAGGCCCCUUUUUGACAUUUCAAGAAUACAAAAAUGCUUUAUUCACACCAGUUUACUGGGUAAACAUAUAAUAUAAUGUAUUUUUAUUUUAAUUAAUUAUUGUAUAGUACUUAUACACUUGUGUACAUUUUAUUUUUCAUGUAAGAAUACUUCUAAAGUUUUCAAUGUGAUAAGGAAAAUAAUCAUUUCAUUGUUUUGCUUUGUAAUGUCAAUAUGUUUGUUGGAUUGGUUACUUAACAAACAUAUGUAUAUAGAUGAAAACAGGUUAUAUCUUUUUUACUUUUAUUAUUUUAAAAUUAAGCCAUAAUAAUUAUAAUUUUACUUUACAGAAAUACAAUCACUAACAUUUUUCUGCUUAUGUAUAAACAAGCCUUGGAAUUUCGUACUGGACAUUAUUUUAUAUCAUAUAUGUCAACUGUGUUUGCGAUGGUUUGUGGAUACAAUACUGAAAUCUUAGUGACUCUACCAAUGGCAAUAGAAUGGCCACAAUCUUUGCUAAAUGUAGUUAUCUAUUGGAAUGUACCAAUGCAUCAUUGGUUAAAAAAAUGUAAGUUAGUUUAUACAAUUUUAAUCUGAUCUGUUGUACUAAUUAUAGAUUAAUAUAAUUUAGAUAUAUUUGAGGAAGUUCUAAAAUAUGGCAAGAAAAAUAAACAUACAAAUAAAAUAUUGGCUGUGGGUGCUACAUAUUUAGUGAGUUCUUUAUUACAUGGUUUAGAGGUACGUUUGUCAGCUGUAUUACUUUCUCUGGCUCUUUAUACAUAUGUAGAGCACAGAUUGCGUACAAAAUUAGCAUCAAAAUUCUUAAAAACUUAUUCUUAUUAUUCUAAAAAUUAUCAUAAUUCUAAAAAAUAUAUAAGUACAAAUAAUUGUACAUGGUUUAUAUGGAUUAUAAAUCUUAUUUUUACAAUUUUAAACAUUAUACAUCUUGCUUAUCUUGGUUCAGUGAUGGAUGUGUCUGUGGUUAAUUCUGUUAGAUCUUAUUAUGAUUCUUUUGAACCUUGGCGUCGUGUCUCAUAUUUUAGUCAUUUUAUAAUUCUAUUUAUGUAUCUUAUCAGUAUUAUUUUAUAAAAUCAAAUUUACAUAUUUAUGAAAUGUUUUUAUUAUUGCAUAACUUAAAUGAACAAAAUACAUACAAUAAACAUGAGUUAAAAUAAUAGGUACUUAAUAAUACAAAUUAAAGUUAUCAGAAGGAACUAUAACUAUUCUCACAUCAUAUUAUUAUAUAAAAAUAAUACACUUUUAAUAUUAAAAAGUUAAAUUGUGUAUAAAUUAUUAAUACUUUCAUAAUUUCUUGGAAGUAUACAUUUAAAAAAAAAAAAAAACAGCAAUAUAAUAUUAAUAUUUGGAAACAACUUAUGUCAAUAGUAUAAAUUUAUAAUGAAAUAGUGUUUGUAUAUUUUGCAUAUAAACAUUUAAACCUUUAUAUUUAACCAUGGGCAAAAUCUUUUAUUGUAUAACCUGUAUAAUUAAAUUGUUUAUUAUGUAAAUCUUAAUACACACAACUCCAAUGCUUAUACAAGAAAAGGUAUACAUUUUUACCAUGCAUUAUCAUAAAGAAUUGUUUUAAAAAAAAAAAAAUUAUAAUGUUAGUUUUAUUGUGUUUACAUAAUAUAACAUGUAUAUUUUUCAAAUAGAGCCAAGCUUAGAAAAAAAGGCUGCAAUUUUUUGCAUUAUUAAUCAAGUAAUCUUUUUAAUUUAGAAUAAAAUCAUUUUAAGUAAAUAGAUAUUAGAUAUUGUCACAUAAGAAGUAACACCAUCUAUUUAAUAUUUUGAUGGAAUUAAUUUGGUGUUCAAAUUUGUGAUGAAGUUAACAGAAAGUUUAAAAUCAAAUAUAAUUAAGAGUAUUUUAGUGAUGCGGUUUUGAGAAAGAGGUUGCUAGUUUAAUGAAUAAACUGUUUUGGCGACAUAGUUUAAUGUAAUUGUUUGAUAUUCAAAUGCACUUUUUGGUUGCCAGAAUCAGCAAAUAAUUGAAAACUAAGUUUACUGUUUUCGCUUACUAAUAGUGAUUACCAUUUAAUCACUCAAUCCAUUUUAUAUAAUACAGUAAACAAAAUAUUUUGGUCAACCAAGUAGUAAACAACAGCAAACUGUACUGACAAUUUCAUUGCCAAAACACACCUAUUGAUAACACUAUUAUUAAACAAUUUUAAGACAACACCACCCAUCUAUCUAUAGACUUCUAUGUAUGUUCUUCUACAAAAUUGUGAAAAAUUCUUGUUAACAUGAAUACAAACAAAUUAUUUGUUGUACAAUAUUUAUUUAAUUUAAUGUAUUAUCACUAAUAAAUAAACGUGCCUAGAAUAUUAUGAAAUGUGUAUUGUAACCUGUUUCGAAUUAAAAAUUCAUCGCCAGGUAUCAGUCAAAAAGUAAAACAGGACUAAAUAUGAAAAAGUAAUGAAGGAAUACAUAGCGAAAAAAUUAUAAAAUGUAUUUAUUUGCAUAUAUAUUUACGAGUAAAAUUUUGUUUUACUUUAUUAUUUAUUACUAAUAAUUAUAUAAUAUUGAUGAAAAAAAAAUUAAUAUACUAUUAAUUAUAAUUGUACUACUAGUUAUUUGUGAUAUCCUAAAUAUUUUGAAAUAAUUAUUGAUCUAAUAUUCGUGGCACAAUAUCAAAAAUUUGUUUUUUUUUAUUAUACAUUAAGAUUAUUUAAAAUUGUAUUAUUACUUAUUAAUUUGUACCUAAUAUACUAUAAUGGUACUAGGAUAAAUUGGGAAGUCUGUUUGCUUUCUUAAGGUACGGUCAAACAGAAAGCAGGCUGACCGCGCUGUUUAUCAUGGGCACAGUAUUAUCUUUGAUUGCAUCAUAGCAGUUAAAAAUAGCGCGGCCUGCUGUCAACCGCAGUGGGUAGCAGUCUAGUUGUAAUAAUGUACAUGUGCAUAAAAAUUAUUAUUAUGAAAUUGUAUGCAAUAUUAUAUACUAUGGCAGACGAAACUGAAAAAUUAAUAGAUCUCGUUCAUAAUUCAUUGCAGAGGUGAUGAAAUUCACCAAACUCUUCUCUUUUUUCAUUUCUUUUAUUCGUUUUGUUCAGUGCAAAGAGAAGAAGUUCUUCAUCAGAACUGCUACUAGAUGUCAUCUCUCACAGUCUCAAAUAAAGUAAUUUUAGUCACCAAUCAGUUUUUUUCAGAACAAACAGUGUUAACAAAUGUGUUAUACACGGUGUAACUCUAAGGUUAGGUUAGGUUACAAAAAUGAUACUAAACAACAAACUGUGCAAAAUUGCACGGUUGUUUGACAUCACAGAUCGCGGGGGUCAGCCCGCUUUCUGUUUGACCAUACCUUUAUUCUUGCAUUUAUUUGUUUUGCAAAGCUGAACAUGAUCCUUUUAAAUUAAAGAAAACAGGUUGUUUCUUGCAAUACAUGUAUCCAAUUCUAGUAUAUCAUAAAUCUGUACAAAUUUUGAAAUGGUUUCUGUUGUAGAAUUAUCACUGUUUUAAAAUAUUCUGAAUAUAAUAAAUAGAUAAUAAUAAAACAAUAAAUUUUUUGUUUUUCCAUCAAUAUUAUAAUAUAAUUAUUAUUAUUAGUAAUUAUAAAUUUAAUAAAAAUAUUGUACAAAAAUAAUUUGUUUUCGUUUCAAAUUUCCCUAUGUACUCUUUGCUAGUAACAAGUAAGUAUCCUAAGAUCUAUUUGUAUUUUCGGCAUUAGUUUCAACAUAAAAAGGAAAAAUAGGUUGUUUUAAUUUGUAAUUUAAAAACUGGUAUAGGAACAAUUUGUUUUACAGACAUACAUUGUAUACUUAAAAGUUAAAAUAUUGUACAAGGGUUGAUCUAAAUUAUCUGAACAUUAGUUUUUAAUAUCUAUCUUUCAAAAAUGAGUUUUACAGUAUUAUGUUUUAAUUGUUUUAUAAUUAACAGAUCCAUAAUCUGUUUCACAAAAGAAAGGUACUGUUUCGCGCAUGCUCCAUACCAUCGCUAUUGAAUCUAAAUGAAGGGGGUUGCGUGUCACUGACCAGUUUUCAUUAAAACGCAGUACCUUUACUAAAUGAGAUUCAUAUUGAUUUUCAACCCAACUUUUAUCAUUUUAAUCCCCCCCCCUAAAGUUUAAUCCAAAAGAGGCAGCUAGAAGUAUACAAAAGUAGCUGAAAAAAUGUACAUAUAUUAUAAUGGACACAAAACUGCAUACCUAAAUCUCUAUUUUUAGGUACAAAUUGAACAAUAAUUACCCACUAUUAAUUAUAUCCAAAUGUCAAAAAAUAAAAAUAAUAUAUUAAAAAUGGAAAAUAAAUAAUAGUUUUAAAAUUUAAAAAUAAAAUCAUUUAAAAAUUGUCUUUUCUUUAUAUACAGUGAAACCCUGUUAUUAUGUGACUUAAUGGCAAAGUAAAAUAUAAAUUUUAUGCAGACUCACAUCUGAAACAAUAUACAAUAUUAACUAAACACAAAGAACAAUUUGCUUUUAUAUUCAAAAUAAAUGUAUGUAGCUGUGGUGUUUAUCGCUAUUAUUAGAUGGGCAACUGUCCCACCUAUUAAAUUUAAUAUGUGGGUAGGUAUGACUGAUAUGAACAGUAUAGUGGCCACUAUGCUAUAACUCAAAUAUAUUGGCUGUUACACAUACUUUAUCAGUAGGUUGGUGUGUGGGCCAUGGAUCAGAGUAUUUUCAGAGGAGUAGGUCAUUUUUCAAGUGAUUUUUAGAAAAACAGGAAAAAUUACAUACAUGUAUAAAAGAAACCUUGCUCUAAAUCCAUAUUUAAAUUAAAUUUCUCUCUAUACCUACCUUCCCAACUUUUCACCUAAAAGGGUGGCCCACCCAUGAUGCUUAUGUCCAUCUUUUUAAUGCUGUGGUACUUAUAAAUUAGGUUACUAUUUUAUGGUAAAGGGGUGUCCAGGCCCAGAUUAAGGGAGGGGUAUGUCCCUGGCCCCAUAAAAACCAUAUUAUAGGGCCUAAUAGGUUUAAUGAAUUGAAUUGUUAUCAGAGAUUUAAACAUAUAAAACCUUGUUUCUAGAGUAUACAGAAUUUAAGUAGUGACCUUAUUUUAUUUUAUUUUUCUUAUUUAUUCUAUUUCAAUAUAAUUGGGUACCUGGGCUACCACAAUAAAUGUGACUGUCCCACUUGUAAAAAUUGACUUCAGUGCCACUGGUAUGUAGUAUGUGAUAUUAUUUUUUUAAUGGUAGUGUUGUUUAACAAGUUUUUACUGUAUUUUAUAACUAUUAAGUAAAUAAAUUACAUAAUUACCCUGUGAAGUUAAAAAAAAUGUUGGUAACUUAUUUUUAUAAUAUAAUUUGAUGUUUUUUUGACCAGUAGUAAAAAAAAUCAUGCUGUGACAUAUUACUUGGAUCACGAUUCAAUUCAUACAUUGCUUCUAUCCGCCAGAU